AUGGCUGAGACGCUGGACGCUUCCACAUUGGAUAGCCACUCAGCUACAGCCAAUAGCAGUACGGACCCAUUGUUUAUGUUGAGUUCCAAACCACUAAAGGCCAAGACUAAAAAGAAAGCAGUUAUUUCAGAUGAACAAGUAAAUGUUGAUAAUACAGCUUCUGCAAAUGCAUCACUGAUAGAAGUUAUUGAUGAUAGUGAGGAUGAUGAGAUUUAUGGUAGUGCUUCCGUUGAACAGUCAAUUUUGAUCCAAACAUCUCCAACCAAGAACUUUACAGAGUUGAACUACGAUCAGCAACAUAUAGAGGAUGCCAAUGACGUUUAUCAUGAUUCAGAUUAUAUAGACGUAUCAGAGAAUGUGGGCCCUCAUCUAACGGCAUCCGGCCCGGCCAAAACUGUACUUAAACCUGAAACCAGGGUAUCCGAGUCUUUAACACUGGCUGAUACAAAUCGCUUGGAAACUAGACCACAAGGGGAAUUGAUUUACGAACAGGAUCACGAAAACUCCACUCCAGUUAAGGAAAGUAACCUGGAAGAGGUCCAGCCCCAGAGAUUCGUCACACUUAGCAUCAAAAGCGCACAAAAUACUGAUACAAAGUCCAUAUCAAAGCCAUUACGACUAAAAGGUAAACCAUUAACUCUACUCUUGACCUCUAAUGGCGGAAUCAAAAGACGGGUUGGAUUGUCCAAACGAAGCAACAUAGACUCUUUACAUCAGUAUUUGGAUAAGCGGUAA